AUCUUCUUCUCGCUCGCUCUCACCCCAUUAGACACACACACUUUCACAUCAGAACAUGACGCUCGACAUCUUCAAAGUCGGCCAGCAGCUCGUUCUGCCGGCUGCAGCGGCGGCGGUGUGCCUGACCUGGUCACUGACGGCGCAACCACAUGUCCCUCCCACCUUCGCGUCCACGACUGUGGCAAACUCGGACACGGUGAUCCCCGCGACGCCCCUCGCCACACUGCCCAUCGCUGGCCGUGCUGUCGAGUUCACGCUCCCUGCUCUGCACUUGCCGACCGCGGUGCUCGCAGUCGCGCUGUACUACGUGUUUGGCUUUUGCUACACUGCGGGAUACCAUCGCCUCUGGGCGCACCAGGCGUUCGUCGCCCGUCUCCCGCUGCGUCUCGCGCUUGCUCUCGGCGGCGCUGCCAACUUUGUCGGCUCUGCACUCACCUGGAGCCGCGACCACCGUUCGCACCACCGCCACAUUGAUACCAAAGACGACCCGUUCAACAUUCAAGCUGGCUUCUUCCACGUCUACCCUGCAAGCCUGUUUGCUGCCACCAGCAAGAUUGGCACCGCUGAUGUGAGCGACUUGAAAGCGGACUGGAUUCUCAUGCUGCAGCAUGGCCUGUACAUGCCGCUGGCGAUCGCUGUUGGCUGGAUUCUUCCCGCGUGGAUUGCUGGCCACUAUUGGAACGACGCUGUUGGCGGACUGUUCUACGCUGGCGUUUUGCGCGCAGUCUUGUUUGCCCACAUCCAGCGCUUCACCGACGCGCUCGGCCACACGAUCGGCACGCAGCCAUACUCGUCGCGUACGUCCGCUCGUAACAACGCCUUCUUGUCUUGCGUGACCUUUGGCGAGAACUUUUUGAACUUCCACUACGAAUUCCCGCGCGACUACCGCAUGGGCAUUCGCGCCUUCCACAUUGACCUGACCAAGUGGGUCUUGAAGGCUCUCAGCUUGGUCUCGCUCGUGCACUCGCUUCAUACCACUCCAUUGAAGGAAGCGCUCCUGCUGCGCGUCCAACGCAAGCAGGAAAAGCUGGAUGCCAUCAAGGCGGGCGUCAAGUUUGGACCCGAGCCUGAGCAGCUCCCAGUCAUGACCCUUGCCGAGGUCAAGGCGCAGACAGGCACUGGUCGAUCGCUCGUCAUCAUGGACGGACUGGUGCUGGACAUGACCGAGUUUGUCACCGAGCAUCCCGGCGGCACCGCCAUUUUGACGCCCAAGGUUGGCAAGGACAUUACAAUUGCAUUCAACGGCGGUGUCCAACGCCACUCGAAGGCUGCUCGCAACCUGGCCGCCCUGAUGCGCGUCGGGCGGCUGCCCGAGCUCGAGGCUGCUUCCGUCCUUCGUACCGCCAAAUCCGAAGGCGAGUCGACCGAGCAUGCCAAGCAAGCAUAGUGACCGUUAUCCCUCCUUCCCCCUCCGCCGCCGCGAAUUUGCUUUGGGCGUUUUGAAAAGCGCAGCAGUAGCCCAAAAACAAAAUCGUGCUCAUUCGUUGAUAUUGCCCCACCUCUUUUUGUUCUUUUCUUUUUCUUUUUCCAAAUUUCUCACUGUGUCGUUGUGACUCUCUCUGUAAUUAACAUUUUCAACUGUACACACAUAUACUGUACACCCUGGCGUUUUCUCCCCGCUUCAUGUCAA